AUGCGCGAAAAAAAGCAUAGCAAGAAGCAACUGUCAUCUCUCCUAGACCCAUAUGUGAAGCCCACAUACUCUCAGGAGAUAUUGACCAUGCCAUAUCCAACUGGGUAUACAGUGCCCAAGUUUAUUAAGUUUGAUGGAAAACAAGGCUAUGCCAGAGAAUAUGUGGUGAGGUUCAUUGAAACUCUUGGUGUCCACGGCAGUGACCACUCUCUACGCCUUCGGGAGUUCUCGAAAUCACUCACUAAAAGGGCUUACAGCUGGUAUGUGAACUUUGCUCCCAACUCGAUCAAGAGUUGGGAGGAGAUGGUGAACAAGUUCCACACGAAGUUCAUCCAAGUCCAAGAGAAAGUUACAACCCUCACACUUGGGUGGGAUGUCCAAAAAGAAGGUGAAGAUAUACUGGACUAUGUUAAGUGGUUCCAAGAUAAGGCCAUUGACUGUCAUGAACCAGUGGAUGAGGCUCACUUAGUCAGUAUAUGUGUGAAGGGCGCCAUACGCGACUACAAAAGUUUCUUGGUGAACCAUAAUCUACCUAUCUUUUCAGCCUUGAUUGAGGCAGCUAGGAACCUCAGUUCCACUGAUCCUUUACACAGAUCUCGUGACAGCCACCGCUACUCCCGUAGUAGCAGAAUUGCUGUGGUAACCUCUACAAGAGGGAGCCGCUUGCAAGCGGAGGCAUCAUCCUCUCGGAAGAGAAAGAGUUAUGAGGACAAAAAUUCAUAUCCCCGUAGCCUUGAGAAUGUUAAGACCUUGGCUAAAGAAUGGGUCGCUGAUGGUGAACUUACUUUGCCUCCAGUUGAUGUCACUCCAACCAAGAAGGACAAAGAAAGCCCGGAUUAUUGUGUCUAUCAUAGAACCACCAGGCACUUUACUAAGAACUGUUGGACUUUGAAAAGUAUCUUCAAAGAGAAAGUUGACGCAAAUGAGCUGAAGUUCAAAGAUGUCGGUAAUCACGAUGUAAGGAAGGACCCUUAUCUUAACCACAAAGAGAAUGAGAAGAAUGUACACAUGAUUGGCUAUCUUCGGCUUGUGCUCGAUCAAGUGCAUAUGGCGUCCUACUAUGAUGAGUUAGAAGAAAUUGCUAGCGGCCAGCUCCUUAAGACAGUACCUGCAGAGGAAAAAUUCGUAGAAGAUACUCAUGCUCAGGCCUUGCAAAACUCUCGUAAGUUUCAUACCUUCUUUGACCAGCUGGGCCUAAGCCAAGCUGGCAGGUUGGAAGCAACAAAGGCCCUCAUUAACAUUUCUAAAGUACAUCAUGCGGAAGUUGCUGAGGCUAAGGAGUAUGUGCUUCGGCGCAUCCAGGAAGAUUAUGGGGCCAUUACUUUUUCAGAAGCAGACAAAGCAUACCCAUUUCCUCAUAACCGUCCACUUUUUGUCACAGCUUACAUUAAUGAUGUAGAGUUCAAAUGUGCUUUCCUUGAUGGUGGGGCGUCCAUAAACAUCAUCACUACUGACACUUUUGCAAGGGCUGGUAUCCCAAAGUCCAGGAUGGCUCGCCAGCCCAUCACUGUAAUAGGUUUUGGUGGUGAGAAAAAAGUUACAAGGGGCCAUGUUGUCGUGGACUUAGCAGUUGGCGAGAUCUGCUUCGCCACUAAGUUUCAUGUGAUCGAUGCAGACACAAAUUACCAUAUGAUACUUGGCAGAGCUUGGAUGCACCGAUAUGGAGCUAUCCCAUCCAGUUAUCACCAAUGCGUGAAAGCAAAGUUGGAAAAGUGCACAGUGACCAUAAAUGCUUUUGAAAAGCCAUUCAGAGUGGAAGAGGCACACUAUUCGGAUGCAGUUUUCUUUACUGAGCUGUCAAUGGAUGAAACUCCAAGGACUGGUAAAAUUGCAAGGGUAAAGUUGCUGAAGUGGGAAGACAUUUGA